AUGAGAUCUGAGCGAAUCUCUUACCGUGAUGCUCCUUAUAGAAGGGAGCGUGAGCCACGUCGUGCUUUCAGGCACAUUGCAGCGGAAUGCACUGCAGAAUCUCGGUGCUGGAACUGUAGAGAACCGGGUCACAUUGCUGGAAACUGCUCAAACGAAGGAAUCUGCCACUCGUGCGGCAAAACUGGACACCGAGCGAGGGACUGCACUAACCCGGUUUCUCGUCCAGGAGACUUGCGGCUAUGCAACAACUGCUUCAAACCGGGUCACCUCGCCGCUGACUGCACAAACGACAAGGCGUGCAAGAACUGCAGGACUUCAGGCCACAUAGCUCGUGAUUGCCAGAACGACCCAGUCUGCAACAUCUGCAGCAUCUCGGGACAUGUUGCAAGGCAGUGCCCAAAAGGGGACAGCAGUUUCUCUGACAGAGACAGAGGAAGCAGGGUUCGAGGCUUUGGAGUGCAGAGAGAUGGUUUCAGUAGAAUGGGCAGAGACGGCGGCGGAAUGCAAAGAGAUGCUUUCAACAGAAUCGGCAGAGACGGCGUUGGCUCGAUAAUAAUAUGCCACAACUGUGGUGGCCGAGGACACAUGGCUUACGAGUGCCCGUCUGCUCGAAUCGUUGACCGUGGAUUCCGCCGUUACUGA